CAUUCAGGGUCAUACUAGGGGUGAAGCGCAACUGUGUUUACUCGGUUUAGUUUAAAAAUAGUAAAUGCAACGAACUUUUUAAUCUUGGCAGCUGAACAAUAAGUUUGGCAAACGAAACUUUCGGCAUGAGCCCCACCAUUUCGGCUGCCACGGAUCGUGGCGACCGAGAGAAGGUUUUGGCCAUGCUGGUCCUGGGACUAGGCAGCCUUUUGUCAGGCAUGUUGCCUGCUUUUAUUUCGGAGCGGAAUCGUCAGAGGUUUCCUUUGACCACCUCCAUACUCCUUUGCUAUGGAGCUGGAAUCCUUCUGGCCACGGCGUUGGUUCACAUUCUGCCAGAGGUGCGCGAGCAAAUGGACUCGAAAUUCGCUGAGGUAGCCAUGUGCGGCGGCUUCUUCGUAAUCUACUUCAUCGACGAGUUUAUCCACUACUUCUUUGGUGAGGCCAUUCAGCACACUCAUUCGCAUCCCGAACCCGUGCCGGAGCCUGAACCUAUUAGGCAGAGCAAUGGCUAUGGCGCAGUGGGUGAGCGGGCACCCUUGCUAUCAGCGGAGCCAACGUCACAUACAUCCCACUCGCACGUUCAUGACCAAGAUCACCCGUACAGCGCAUCCGGAUGUGAUGACGCCAGCGUUGAGGACGCCAAUGCCCGCAUAUGCCACACCAGUCACACGGAGCCCUGUGUCCAAUCGAUGACAGGCACUUUGGGCCUUUUUGUGGCCCUGUCUCUGCACUCCGCCAUCGAAGGGCUGGCGAUUGGGGUCCAGAACUCAUCCACUAAGGUUCUAUUUCUGCUUGGGGCCGUUGCUUGCCACAAGUUCGUGAUGGGCUUCUGUUUGGGUCUGGAGUUCCGAUCCAAUCCGCGGACUAGUUUUCGCGCCCAGUUAGUCGGCAUCUCAGUGUUCGCAGUGGGCGCUGUCAUGGGAAUCGGCCUUGGCAUGCUUAUCGUGGAUGUGCCCGCUGCUUGGUCCACUAAAACGCUGCCUGUUAUCCAAGCGCUGGCGGGCGGCACUCUCUUUUACGUCACCGUCUGUGAAGUGAUACCGCGGGAGAAGGCGCGCUGGCACUCUAAUCAAACGCGGCGCUGGGCGGGAUUUGCCCAGUUUGCGACUGUCGUGGCCGGAUUUGCGACCAUGUGCAUUAUAAACUUUUAUCUAUCUGAUGACGAGUAGGAAGGAGUUUUUAUCGAUGGGAUUCUUGCGCUGUGACCGAUUGUUGUGCCUCUGUAUUUUUAGGAUGUGUGAUGGGUGUGCUUUAAUGGAUUUGGCAGCUGUUAAGUGUUCAAUGUUAGGAUAAGACCACCAUUCUUGUGUAUUUUUAACGAAUCUUGAUUUAGCAUAAUGUAUUAUAAUCUGUCGAUAAAGAUA